AUGUCAAUUUCUAGAGAAGAAGAGGGUUAUCCAAUGUUGCAACGAGGGAGAAUAUUAGAAAAAAGUUUAGAUGAGAGCUACCGUUCUAAAUCCCCAAGUGGUGAUCCAGGUAAAUCCGUUGAAGAGCUGUGUACUUGUGGAAAGCAUCAUUGCCCCCAACCUAUACCAGAAAGUCAGCCCUUCUGCGCUGAUUCAUCUUACAAUCAGGAUUACAGAAAGUGGGAGCUACCUGAAAACAGAAAAGCACUAAGGAAUGAAGUGCCAGAAUAUCUUCCAUUUGAGGCUGACUCUUCAUAUCAUCAAGAUUAUCGAAGAUGGGAGUUACCUACUCGCUUUACAAAGCCCAUUAACAGAUAUAUUGAAACUCCAGAAACACGUGACUUCAUCACUAGUUAUCAAAGCGACUACAAGAAAUGGGACCUUCCACAAAAAGUAGGUAGAGCUCCGGCUUCUUUGAGUAGAUACAUUCUGUCAUGUCCCGACAACCCCAAUGAUGAUGUCCUUAGACAAUUGAGCUUGAAUGCUCACAAUAUAGCUACUUCAGAGAACUACAUACAAGCUAAAGAAGACAGGAAGUUUAAUACAAUAUAUACCGAUUCAUUCAAGGGGAAACAGUUAGAAGUAUGUCCAGUUAGUUUGUUACCACCCAUACCACAUCCUCCACCGGGUAGACAUACUAUGUUUUGGGACUCUAAAGCCAAAACCUGGUAUUAG